AUGACAGCAAAAAACAAACUUUUGCAAUGGUCAGAAGUCAAAUUUCGGGAACGACCGGAGGAUUUUACACUCUCCGAACAUCCGAGGCUGACCCUCAGUGACCCGCGGGCCUGGAUGACCUCUGCGACACCCGUUUACCCAUCCACAGGUGACCACUACACGGUGGAUGUCGCCAUGGACAAGUACAUGUCUGGAAGCAACUGUCCUUUGACAGCGGAAUCCGACCUGGGAAGACCUAAAGCAAACGGUGGAACCAUGCAAAAUAUCAGCGGUCCACAGAGACACAGACGUGUGGCCGCCAAUGCGAGGGAAAGACGGAGGAUGCACGGACUGAAUCGAGCCUUUGACAAACUGAGGAGCGUCAUUCCAUCCUUAGAGAACGAGAAAAAACUGUCCAAAUACGACACCCUGCAGAUGGCCCAGAUAUACAUCACAGAGCUGUCCGAGUUGUUGGAGGGUGUUGUGCACUCGGAGUGCAGAGGUUUCAGGGAGGGGUGCAGCCCACCAGGCAGUCAGAGGACUUCAUCUCAGUCUUUGAGGACUAGCGUCAGUUACGCUGUGGAUGCACCUUCCCCUAAUUUCGUUCUGGAGAAAAGCGACGUCACGUCGUCAAACGCCAGCGAUGGCGAAUCUUCGCAUUUUAGUGACAUUGAAGAAGGACGGACUGGAGGACGCUGA